AUGCACCCCCUCUUCAGCAUCACAGAGAUUGUUGACCACGUUGUUCUGCAAAUCAAGCUGGAUUCUGACCAAGACUCUUGCAGCCAAACCCUUGCGCGACUGGCCAGGUGCUGCAGGGCCUUCGAAGACCCCGCGUUGGAUAGACUCUGGUCUACACUGAAGACAUUGGACUAUCUUGUUCAAUGCCUUCCAGAUGGAUGCUGGGAGCAGGUGGAAUAUCCCCGUCGACAAUGGUUACCCUAUGACGCUCGCACAUAUCUUCAAUUACGGAGUACAACAUCCAUCCCAGAAGAAGGCUGGGGCCGAGUUCUCCAUUAUUCUCGUCGUGUGAAAUGCCUCUUUCUGGGACAUGUAGAUCGUGGCCGCAUUACAUUUCCCGACUCGUCGGUCUUUCGCGCCUUCGGGGAACGCUUUGCUUCUGGGGAAUUGAUGCCCAACCUCAGAGCCCUCCACUGCUCCAUUCAAUUUCGUCGUAUACCCGAAUUCUUCUCCUUGGGCAUUUUUGUCGCUCCCCAACUCUCGACCUUGGCAUUGUCGUCAGAUAAGAUUGAGCUCUUCUACGAUUUGCCUAGUCUUCACAUCCCUUUUGCCCAGCUGGAAGAGCUAUCACUAGAGGACCUUUCGCACUUCCAACAGUCUUAUUUCCCUGGCCCAGUUUCGACAAUCUCUUCCGUGGUCUUUCCUCGACUCAAUCGACUACGAAAGAUUGUGUUGAAUCGUUUCGAUCCAAAUUUAACCAUCCUUGCUGCUCUGCCGUGUCUCCAAGACAUGUCAUUGACCGACUGUCGCAUAAUGGCUAGUCCAGCCCCAAUACCUCACCAGUGGUCGUUCCGAUCUCUUCGCAGUUUGCACAUCUCGGACUGGGGAGGGGGCAAUGGUCUCCGUCCUCGCUAA